GCGAUCUGACAGGUUCAAAGAUAUGCCUGUUCAUAGACGUGCAUAGACUACACCCUUCGUUGUUGCAUGUGCUGACGGCCUGAGGAGCAGAUCAAAAUCUCCAAACUCCACCACGUUUGGCGGGAUAGAGUUCGGUGGGCUACGGAAAGCACCUUUUCUUUCCUGCUCACCAUUUUCCUACCAAGAUUUCAUUUCAUCCUUCUGGACCACUUCUGUUGUAUUUCUUUUACACCCAAUGCAGCGACAACUUGCCGACAGGUGGGCUCGCAAGCGCUAUUUCGGUUGAAUUGGAGGAGGUAAACACAGGUGGUGUGCGUAUUGACAUCACGAAAGAGGAGGAUCACGAAAGCAAUCAGAAACCCAGAGCACAAACAGAUACCCUUGCUUAAAUUACUCAUUUUUCCACCAUCGCUACCGACGUUUCCUUUGGACCUUACGAAGCAGCCUCCGUCAAAAUGCAUAUCUCCAAGAAACUAGCUCUUGCCCAUGAGCAGAACCGACCAACUUUUUCUUUCGAAUUCUUCCCACCCAAGACUGCUCAAGGUGUCCAGAAUCUGUACGAUCGGAUGGAUCGGAUGCACGACUUGGGCCCUGCUUUCAUAGACAUUACAUGGGGGGCAGGAGGAAGAAAUUCGCAGUUGACUUGUGAAAUGGUCAAUGCAGCACAAACUCACUAUGGCUUGGAAACAUGCAUGCAUUUGACUUGCACAGACAUGGAAAAAUUACAAAUCGACCAGGCUCUCCGACUGGCCUACAAGGCAGGUUGCUCAAAUAUCCUGGCACUGCGAGGAGAUCCACCUCGAGACAAGGAAAAGUGGGAGGCCAAAGAUGAAGGUUUCAAACAUGCAAAAGAUCUCGUCAAAUAUAUUAAGACAGGGUACGGCGAUGCUUUUGACAUUGGCGUGGCAGGUUAUGCCGAAGGAUGUGACGACAAUCGAGACGUGGACGUCCUGAUCGAUCAUCUCAAGGAAAAGGUGGAUGCCGGAGCCUCGUUCGUUAUCACACAAAUGUUCUACGAUGUGGACAUAUUUCUGGAUUGGGUCAAGAAGUGCCGCGACCGUGGGAUCAAUGUUCCCAUUAUUCCCGGCAUCAUGCCUAUUUCGACUUACGCCUCAUUCAUUAGACGAGCAGAGUGGACUAAAUGUAAUGUUCCUUCAGAGUGGUACAAGGCGCUAGAGCCUGUCAAGAACGACGACGCCGCUGUCAGGGGAGUUGGCAAGGACUUGAUUGUUCAGAUGUGUCGGAAACUCCUCGAUGCCGGGAUCUUGCACUUGCAUUUCUACACCAUGAAUCUAGCUCAAGCCACAAGAAUGAUUCUCGAGGAACUCUCUCUGACUCCCGAGACCUCAGGUAUGCCUCUGGAGAAACCACUACCUUGGCGCCAGUCUCUUGGCUUGAAUCGCAGGGAUGAGAGUGUCAGGCCCAUCUUUUGGCGCAACCGCAAUACCUCGUAUAUUGCUAGAACAGCUGAUUGGGACGAAUUCCCUAAUGGCCGAUGGGGCGACAGUCGCAGUCCUGCUUUCGGGGAACUUGACGCUUAUGGCAUCGGCUUGAAAGGAACCAAUGAGAGCAAUAUCAAGCUUUGGAACAAGCCAAAGACGCUGAGAGAGGUCACGGAGCUUUUCGUUCGUUUCCUAAAUGGUCAAUUGGAUAGAUUGCCUUGGAGUGAAGGGUCAAUCUCUGCCGAGGCUAACAUCAUCAAGGAGGAUCUCCUCAAGCUGAACAAGCGUGGUCUUUUGACCAUCAAUUCCCAGCCAGCUGUCGAUGGUGCAGCUUCUGACGAUCCGGUCCAUGGAUGGGGACCUCCGGGAGGUUGGGUCUACCAGAAGGCUUAUCUGGAGUUGUUGGUGUUCCCCUCGAUGAUCGAGACGGUCAUCGAAAGGCUCAACGCCAACAAGAACUUGACUUACUAUGCGGUCAACAACCAAGGCAAGCUGCUCACGAAUGCGAAAGAUGAGGGACCUAACGCCGUGACUUGGGGAAUCUUCCCUAACCGAGAAGUUGUUCAGCCGACAAUUGUCGAGACGGUCUCUUUCCUCGCCUGGAAGGAUGAAGCUUUUCGCUUGGGGGAGGACUGGGCCAAAUGCUAUCCUGCCGGCUCCGGAACUCGGAAGCUGAUCGAAGCGAUUAUGGCUGAGUGCUACCUUGUCAACAUUGUGAACAACGACUUCCAUCAGACGAGCGAGAUAUUUGAGGUAUUUGAAGGGCUUGAAGCUAAUGAUCUCGACAAAGUGUUUACGGAUGAGCCAGCUGACAGUCAUACCAACGGCACCAGGAAUGUUGUCAGCGGCGACGCACCGGUUUCGGAGAUUGAACAGAGCCUCACAUCGGGAGAGCAGCGAAGGGUCCCGUUCCAGACCAAUGGUACUGCUCUAGCAGGCUGACAAAUUUGCGGUCAACCAUCUGCGGGCGCAAGGGCGUCGACAAUUAUGCUCUUGAGCAAUAUGUGAUGCCCUGGUCACGGGAGUUUUUAUGGCGUUCAUCAACCACCAUCUGUCUUUUUUUUUUUUUU